CGCGAGAUUUCCGUGAUGGCUAACGAUAACUAGCUCACCGAGCCGACUAGGUGCUGGGACACCGGGUCGUGGACAUUUCUCUACAGUUGCAGACGCUGCUCUGGAUCAUUAACAGUAAAUCGGAGCGGACACUACAAGGACAAACUGGCUGUUGGACUUAAGCUGCAUAACUGACCCUUGGACAGUCCGUGGAUCUCGUCCUUUAAUCGCCAGAAAUCAUCCAGCCACAUUGUGGAUAUUUAGCCCUUCAGGUAGGACAGUGGCAGAGGCAGAGCCAUCAGGGAUCACAUCAGGGCUCCAUGAGCACCACGGGGCAGCAAGGGGGGGGCCUGCGUACUCGCCGAAGCCUUGCCCGGGACAAGGAUCAGAGGUCGGGCAUGAGCAUGGAGGCGACCUGCUGGCUGCCUCCUGGAGUGCUACGCAGGCUGAUCGAGCUUCCUUCUCCCCCUCUAUCCCGACAUCAGCUCAAGAGACUGGAGGAGCAUAGGUACAGCAGUGCUGGACGCUCGCUGCUGGAGCCUCUGAUGCAGCGCUAUUGGGAGUGGUUGGUUGGACAGGUCCCUUUCUGGAUUGCCCCCAACCUCAUCACCAUCAUCGGCCUGGCCACCAAUGUCUUCACCACCCUCGUGCUUGUCUACUACUGCCCAACUGCCACUGAGCAGGCUCCUCUCUGGGCAUACCUAAUGUGUGCAGUGGGUCUCUUUAUCUACCAGUCAUUGGACGCCAUUGAUGGGAAACAGGCCAGACGCACCAAUAGCAGCUCUCCAUUGGGCGAGCUGUUUGACCACGGCUGUGAUUCCCUCUCUACAGUGUUUGUUGUACUGGGAACCAGUAUAGCAGUGCAGCUGGGCACCAACCCAGACUGGAUGUUCUUCUGCUGCUUCGCUGGGAUGUUUAUGUUCUACUGUGCCCACUGGCAAACAUACGUGUCGGGAACGCUACGCUUUGGCAUCAUUGAUGUGACUGAGGUGCAAAUCUUCAUUAUAAUCAUGUAUUUGCUGGCCGCCGUGGGAGGAUCUGCUUUUUGGCAGUCACUGAUUCCCGUCCUAAAUAUCCAGAUGAAAAUGAUUCCGGCCAUAUGCACUUUAUUAGGAGCCAUCUUCUCUUGCACAAAUUACUUCAGAGUUAUAUUUACUGGAGGUGUUGGUAAAAAUGGAUCCACAAUAGCUGGAACCAGUGUCCUCUCUCCUGUCCUACAUAUUGGUUCAGUUAUAAUUUUGGCGAUGAUGAUAUACAAAAAGUCUGCUGUCCAGCUCUUCGAGAAACAUCCAUGUCUUUAUAUCCUGGCGUUUGGCUUCGUAUCGGCCAAAAUCACAAAUAAAUUAGUUGUAGCACAUAUGACAAAAAGUGAGAUGCAUCUCCAUGAUUUAGCCUUCUUGGGGCCAGGAUUACUGUUUCUCAAUCAGUAUUUCAAUAGUUUUAUUGAUGAGUACCUGGUACUCUGGAUUGCACUGAUCAUUUCCCUGUUUGAUCUGGUGCGCUACUGUGUCAGUGUUUGCAACCAGAUUGCCUGCCACCUUCACAUUUUUGUUUUCAAAAUCAAGCCUUGCUUAGUCCCCAGUCCAGCUAAUCACAGAGGGGAUGCCAGCCGUUACUGACUCUGUCCCUUCCAGUUAGUUGCACUCAUCUUCUCUUCCCUCAGUUUUACUCCUAAAGAGGCAGGAGUCGAUGUGGUGUAAAGUAUGUGCUUCUGCCAACUGAAUGUGAGGACAAAUAUUAUACAAUAGGAUACUGGAAUAUUACUGUCAUUUUUUCUUUUCUAUUUUUUUUCCACCAAUACAGAAUUUAAUUUCUGACAAAUUCAUGGUUACAAUGAGCAAAUGUUUCAGAGGAGUACAGGUGCUACUCGGUGCGUCCAAGGAGAGAAACUUACAUGUGUUUUAACUGUAUAAGUGCAAGAAAAUGUACAAGGAACGAAUCAAGGUUUUUGCUUUUCAUGAUAAGGAUUUUUGUAAUAUUUGCCUAACUUUAACUUUUGCUAUUGUAAAUAGGAAACUGUAAUAGUGUGCUUCUCUUAAGUUAAAAGUCCUGCUACAACACACACACACACACACACACACACACAUAUAUAUAUAUAUAUAUAUAUAUAUAUAUAUACAUUUCAUGUAUUGGAUUUUUAAAGCAACUUCAUCUUCUGCACAUGAAUCAAAGCUGUGCUGCUAUUUUGCAUCAGCAAAAUAUGUUUUUGGAGGAAACAGCAGCAACUUUAUUUUAUUAUGUAACAUAUCAACAUUCUUUUUUUUUUUUUUUUUGUACUUCAAAAAUAUUCACUGCCAGUCCAUUCUCGGUUUAAUCUGUUGAUAUUUCGGUUUAAUUUCUGCAUUACUGGGUUUUGUACACUUUAAAGUUAGUCAUUGAGAAGGUUUUCUUUGUUUUGUUUUUUGGUUACAAAAAGAAACAUUUUUACAAGUGAGAAAGGAGAACUAUAUUGAGUUAGAGGACUCUGUAAUGGCAUUUAUAGUUUUGCAGGUGUACGUGAGAGGCCUGAUAGACUAAUGGUGGCCUUUGAUCCCAACAGUAAAUUCAUGAUACUAAGUUCAUGCAAUAGGAUACUGUGUGAUGCUGUUUUCAUUUUAGUUUUGAUAACUAAAAUGAAAACUUGUGUUUCAGUCCUGUUACGGUUCACCGGCUGUCGAAUCAACCCCGCCCAAACAGAAAUCCCAUGAAAAGACCAAAUCAUACCUGCACGUCUCACUUUUAUUGCCUACUUUUACUAAGAUGUUUGCACCAACUUGGUAUGUAACGGUGUGUGGUACAUUAUUUUGAUUAAAAUGUUCCUAAUUUUCUAA